CAGACCUUCCUGCAGUGUCCAGCUUCGUGGCACCAAAGGAAAUAGGUUUCUGUAAAGGGCAACAUCUAACUUCUGAUGUCAUUUAAACCUGACUGGUUGAAAUUAAUUUAUGGGAAUACAGACUGUCCCAAGUCUCCCCGCUCUCCCCUACGCUCAGUUCCUUGGGUCUGACUUUACCAAGUCAAGUUGGUCUGAAUAAACAGCUUUUACCCCGUCUGUUCCCCGCCUUCCUGGCAUUCACACUGAAACACUUGGCUCUCGGGGAGGGUUUGAGUUGGAUCUGGCUUUGAACUGAGUUCCUGCAAACGGAGAAAUGAAUUUCGAUCAGGUCUUGGAGGAGGUCGAUGGAUUUGGGAGAUAUCAGAAGAAUCUGUAUGUGCUGAUUUGUCUUCCACAAAUAUUUCUUGCCUUUCAUAUGAUGGCAAGCGUCUUCACAGGCUACACUCCAGCACAUCACUGCCAGAACUCGACUUAUGAACACUGGGACUUCAACAUGUCUGUAAACUACAGUCACUCGUGUAGCAUCCAGAACCGGACUGAGGAGGACCUCUGUCCCCACGGAUGGGUCUACAGCCGAGAAUUAAUCUACAGCAGCACUGUCACUGAGUGGGAUCUUGUCUGUGACAGGGCAACUCUAAAUAGUCUUGGUUCUUCCCUGUAUAUGCUGGGAUUGCUUGUGGGAGCUAUUGUGUUUGGAUCUAUGGCCGACAGGUUUGGAAGGAGGUUUGUCCUGCUCUUGUCACUUGCCUUACAGACAAUGUUUGGGGUGGCUGCUGCCUUUGCUCCGAACUACCUGGUAUAUGUGGCUCUUCGCUUCAUCAUCGGAACCUCUAUCUCCGGCAUCAUCAUCAAUGCUUUUGUGUUGGGUACAGAAUGGACAUCUCCAAAGAGACGCAUGCUAGCUGGAAUCUUAACGGAUUAUUUCUUUGGGUUUGGUUAUAUGCUUCUGGCUGGUGUGGCUUAUUUUAUUCGAAGCUGGAGGAAUCUGCAACUUGCCAUCUCGGCACCAGGUUUCCUCUUUAUUGUCUACAUCUGGAUUCUUCCUAAUUCAGCUCGUUGGCUGUUGGUAAAUAACAGAAAAGAGGAAGCUCUAGUUCUUCUACGCAAAGCAGCUACAGUGAAUGGUCGCCUCUUGCCUACUACAGUGCAGUUAGACAAGUGUGAGGAGAUGCAGGGGAAGAAUCAGCACUCUGCUGCAGAUCUAGUCCGUACUCCCCAGAUGAGGAAACGAUCCUUCAUCCUGUUCUACAUCUGGUUUGUUACUGUAUUGGUGUAUUAUGGUCUGUCUCUGGGUGUAUCAGACCUGGGCAUAAACCUUUACUUCAAUCAGUUUCUGUUUGGAUUGGUGGAGAUCCCCGCUAGGUCAGUGGUUUUGCUCUUCCUCCCCUACAGCCGUCGGCUCUCACAGAGUGCGUUCCUUGCCAUGGGGGGUGUCGCCUGCCUCCUCAUGCUCGUUGUGCCAAAAAAUAGUCCUAAUGUAAGGACUGCUGUGGCUAUUACUGGAAAGUUUGGGAUCACAGGCUCUUUUGCUGUCAUCUAUGUUUAUACAGCUGAGCUCUUCCCAACUGUGCUUAGACAGACAGGAAUUGGCGUGUCCUCCAUGUGGGCACGAAUUGGUGGAGUUUUAGCACCAAUGGUAAACUUGCUUGGAGAGAGCAACUUGGCUGUAUCCACAGUCAUAUUUGGCUUUGCCCCUCUGAUUGGUGCAGCUCUUGCACUAGGCCUGCCAGAGACGACCAAUAAACCACUCCCCGAUACCAUUCAACAUGUCCAAGAUGCUGAGAGGUUUACUCCAGAGAAUGAUAUAAAUUUCCCUGUAGACACCGUCCAGCCUUCAAACACCACAGAGGCACAGGAACUAGAGUGCCUCACAAACAAGUCUCCAUAAACUUACAUGUGCCUGUAUGUACAAAUACAAAUGUUUUCUUUUUUUUUCUAACCUUUGGGUUUCAGAUCAGAAAAUGCAACCAUUACGUGUUUUGUAUGUAUAACACUGUGACAAAUAUUUGUACAGUUUUAACUAUUUUUAAGAUUCAUCUUUGGUCAAUGUCUCUUUGGGAUUUUUUUUUUUUUUAUAGCUUCAUGUUGAGAAAGCAACUGUGUCAUCAGAGGUUUUAACCCAAGUGUCACAAUGGAUCACUGAACAUCAGCCCUCUGUAUAAACUACACUGUUUGAUCUGUUGUGUAUGCAAAAAGAACACAGUGCCUUUCAUGUUUAUACUCGAUAUAAAAGUAUAUUAUACUUUUGGAAA